AUGACUAUUGAAUCCAAAUUUUCAAAAUUAGAAGGUGAGGCACCUGAUCCAAUCAUUAAAACCAUGGCUAAAUUUGCAGCUGAUCAAUCAUCAAAUAAAAUUGAUGUUUCUAUUGGUGUAUAUAAGGAUGAAAAAUUGCAACCAUAUUUAUUCCCCAGUAUUAAAAAAUCAAAACAAAUUUUGUUUGAAAAUGAUCCUGGUCAUAAUUAUACAUCCAUGGGAGGAAUUCCACAAUUCAUCAAUGGUGCACAAAGAGUUAUAUUUGGUGAUGAUAUUUCUAAUAUUGCUUCACUUCAAUGUAUUUCAGGUACUGGAAGUAUUCAUAUGGCUUUAGUAUUUCUUAAAGAAAAUCAGUUCAUUAAUUAUUAUAUUGGAUUACCUACAUGGCAAAAUUAUGGUCCCAUGAUUGAACAUAUUGGUGGUAAGCUAAAUUAUUAUAAAUAUUAUGAUGAGAAAACUAAAAAAAUAGAUUUUGAAUCAGUUUUGAACACAUUGGAAUCAGCUUCUCCUAAUUCAAUUUUCUUAUUUCAGACAUGUUGUCAUAAUCCAACGGGAUCCGAUUUUUCACAGAAUCAAUGGACGGAAAUUUUUAAAAUUAUGAAAUUGAAGCAAUUGAUUCCAAUUUUCGAUACUGCUUAUCAAGGAUUUUCUAGUGGUGAUUUAACCAUUGAUGCUUGGCCAAUUAGAUAUUUCAAAUCACAAGGUCUUGAAUUUCUUGUAACACAAUCAUUUUCAAAAAAUAUGGGUCUUUAUUCAGAAAGAGUUGGUUGUUUACAUGUAAAUUAUCAAGAUGAGACGAUGAAAGAUAAAAUACAACUGACCUUGGUUAAGAUAUUUAGAGUUGAAUGUUCAUUUGCACCUGCGUACGGAUCAAGAAUCGCGAUAAAUAUUUUCGAAAAUCAAAAAUUAUAUAAACAAUGGGAAAUUGAUAUUUCUAAUAUAACUAAACGAUUGAAAGGCAUUAGACAAAAAAUAUUAGAUAAGUUUCAAGAGUUGGGUACUCCUGGGGAUUGGUCAAAUGUCAUUACUCAAACUGGAUUAUUUUGGCAUUCGGGACUAACUCCACAACAAAAUGAUAAAUUAAUUUCAAAAUAUAAUAUUUAUUCUACUAGUAUGGGAAGAGUUAAUAUUGCAGGGUUAAAUGAUAAAAAUUUGGAUUAUUUCGUUAGGGCAAUUGAUGAUAUUGUAAGAAAUGAUUAA